ACUUUCAGCACGAAAAUAUGAGAGCCAUGCAUUCGGUCCUGGUCGGUGCCUUUCUGACCCUGCUGCUCUGCCUCCCCAGCCCCGCUCUAGGAGUAUCCUACUUUGGGGACAGCCACUGCAGUUUACAGGCCAUCCAAGAUGUCUCCUCCUUCCACCUGUCUCUGCAGAUCAAGACGAGUCGGCGCAGCGGGCUGCUGCUACUGGCUGCAGGGAAGGAGGACUACCUGUUCCUUGAGCUGCAGAAUGGGAAAAUACAGGCUCGGAUGAACAUGGGGAAUGACGAGGUGACACUUUCUUCAUCCCAAGGAGUUCAGCUGAACAACCUUCUGGAGCACAAAGUCUCCCUCACACUGCAAGACGGCAAACUCACCAUGACCAUUGAUGAGCUCUUCUCGACGUAUGUUCCUGUGGAGGAUGAUGAAGAACAGCUAAAUAUUGACCUGGGCAUUUGGCUUGGAGGAACAGGAGACUUGGAUACUCCCUACCUCAGCAAUGCCAUUCCCCCUUUCCGUGGCUGCAUGACUGAGGUCAAAUUUGAGUCCCACCAGUUUGAUAUCCUCAGCGCAGUGUAUAAAGACUGCCAACACACGAAGGAAUCCUGCAGCACUGAGUUUGAGGCUGGUGAUGGGGAGGCAAUUAGUUUCAGCACUCCUGAUUCCUUUGUGUCUUUCCCCACCUGGAGCGGGGCUAGUGGUGCCCCGAGGGCCCUCGAAUUCCUAAUGAAGACAACCAUCGAGGAUGCUCUACUUCUUUUCCACCCUGGCAGAGAGUCUGACUUUGUAGCUGUUGGUGUUGUGAAAGGCUUUCUCAAAGGUAUGCUGGACGUCGGAAAUGGCUUGGAGAUCCUGGAGAAUACCCAGGUGCAGCUGGAUGAUGAUCAGUGGCAUAGAGUUAAGGUUCAAGUCAGUCCGGAUUCAUUUGUCAUCAAUGUAGAUAGCCAGUCUUCCUCGCUCCCUCUUGAUUCAUCACAACAAUUGGAUUUGGUUGGAAACUUGUAUUUGGGAGGCAUCCAGGGGAGAAUGAAGGAUGUGUUUCGUGAGAGCGGGUCCUUAAGUCAAGUAGAGGAAGAAAUGACAGCCGAAUCCUUCAUUGGUUGUUUGGGAGAAAUCAAAGUUAAUCAGAAGGAUAGAAGCCUGCAGGAUGCUUUGAUCACCAAAGAUAUUCAUGUUAAAUGUGAAGGAGAGGACUAUGACUACUCAAGUUACUAUGACACAGACACAACUACAACUUCUUCCCCUGUUCAAAUGAAAUAUGCUGAUAUAGACAUCAUUGAUCAGUAUUGCUAUCCAACAGAUGACACACCAGAGAUAUACAGAAAUGUAUCAAAACUUCUUGAUGUCACUACACUUCUCGUGCCUGAAGGUGGAGAAGCUUUAAUUGAUAUCAACAACCUACUCCCCACAUUUGACCUCAGUGCUGCAGGACUGAGAGAGUCUCAGAUCAUAUUUACUCUCCAGACUGAUCCCCUGUAUGGCUUGGUUGAUAUGAACACAAACUCAAGACGCACACAAAAGUUCACUCUUCUCGAUAUUGUCAAUAAGAAGAUCAAGUAUAUGCAUGAUGGAAAUGAACGGCAUACAGAUCUAAUCCAGCUGCAGGUUGUUGUUCAAAGUGAUGACUUCCUCCCUGAAUGUUUGAAAACUUCUCAGGAGUAUGUCCUUCCAGUUGAAGUUCUUCCCGUUAAUGACAUACCACAACUUGGCGGAGGAGAAAUCACCCUUACAGCAAACGGAAGAACUCGUUUGAGUCCAAGCCUUAUUAAAAUCACAGAUUCUGACAGCCGCUGUGAUCAAUUAGUAGUGACUGUAUCCUCAGAGCCUUCAAUGGAAGUUGGUUACUUAGAAAACGGUCAACAGCCAGGAAGAAGCAUCUCAGAGUUCACCUGCAGAGAAUUGAAAGAUGGAAAUAUCUAUUUUGUUCACAGAGGGGGUAGUGCUGGUGAAAUUACCCUGGAGGUGUCUGAUGGGCAAUCAGAAAGCCAUUCAACUACUUUUAAGUUUUCUGUGACACAGCCACAUAUGACUAUUGUCAUCAACACUGGCCUCCACUUGGUUCAAGGAACAAACACGUCCAUGGGUGUUCAAAAUCUUGCUGUCAUAGCUCAUCCGCGUAAUGGAGAUGUCAUGUAUAACAUCACUAAGCCUCUGAUAUUUGGAGAACUUCAGAUAAUGACAAGCGAUGGAAUAUACAGGCAGGUUACAACUUUCCAUCAGUCAGACCUAGAUCAAAAUCAGCUGAGAUACAUUAGCACAGACUCGAGAAACCAGGAAGAAACUUUGAGCGAACAAAUUCAGUUUGAUGUCCACUUGGGGAAGUUCUCCCUCUGGAACAACACCUUCUUAGUCAAUAUCAUCCCUGCUCAAGUAAAAGUUUCCACUAUGGUCCCGCUAGAAAUGGAUGCUGGUGAAGAGCAAACAAUUGGAUCCACAGAGCUUCAAGCCGAAGUGAUAGGGGAAAACGUAGAUCCAGAAACUGUCAAAUACAUCCUUGUCAAGCUUCCAACACUUGGCAGUCUGCAGCUGUCAGACACAGAGUUGGCUGAGGGUGACAUCUUCACACAGAAGGACAUUUUAGAAAAUACAGUUAGCUACAGGGUGCCUGUGCAAAGAGCUGUGGAUAGCAUAGACCAGUUCCAGUUCAGAGUCAUAGUGAAUGAUCAGUAUUCCCCUCUGUACACCUUCCCAAUUACCAUCCUCGCCAACGCCGAUGCUCCAGUUGCUCCAGUUUUGACCAAUGAAAGGCUGUUUGUGUUGCAGGGUGGUGAGCAUACUCUGAACAACAAAUUCCUUUGGAUGCACUCUGCAGGUUCUACAGAUAUUGUGUACCGAGUCACACAGGGUCCAAAGUACGGAAGAUUGAUAAGGGACUCCCCUCCCGGGCAGCCUAGAUUUGAGGGGGCAAUAAGAGUAUUCAGUAAUGAGGACCUCCAAUCUAACAGGCUUAUUUACAAGCACGAUGGCUCCAAGACAAGCAGUGAUGAGUUCCGUUUUUCAGCAGAAAGUCAAGACAAUCAAGAAACAAUAAACGAUGUUUUCAGGAUAACCAUCCAAUCCAAGAACGAGCAUGCUCCUGUGAGGGUUGUGGACAAAUUCUUCAAUAUAGUCCGCCACGGUCAGCGCCUGCUAACAACAGAUGUCAUCCAGUUUAAGGACGACGACUCAGGUUUCAAUGACACCCAAAUUGUCUACGCCCGUGAGGGAAUCCUCUCAGGAAACAUUGUCUCAACAUCUAAUCCCUCGCAGCCCCUUUUCCGUUUCACACAAGCCGACCUGAGAGAUAAGAAGAUCCUCUUCAUUCACCACGGAGCAGACCGGGAACGCUUCCCGCUGCAGGUGUCAGAUGGCUUUCACAAGACCACUGCGCUGCUUGAAAUCCAGGCAGGUGAGCCCUACCUGCGAGUUGUAAACAACACAAUCAUUGUCAUCGACCAUGGAAGCACCAAGACCCUUAACACCACACUGUUGAGCGCUGACUCCAACAUGGACGUCAGAGAUGACAGUGAGAUCAAGUUCCAGAUCACAACGCCACCCAGCAACGGCAAGAUUAUUGUGAGUGGGAUUGAGUCUUCAGAGUUCACCCAGGAGGACCUGAAAAAGGGAGUCAUUUCAUAUGAGCAUAAUUACGAGAGUCUGAGGUCCAAGGACUCCUUCGGCUUCACCGUCCAAGCAAGAGGACAUUCUGAGGACAGCACAUUUAGGAUAAGAAUAUUCAAGCAAGGUUACUUCUCUGAGCCUGAGGUGGUGAACAAUGAGGUCAUCAUUUCCUAUGAGGGAGAGCACACCGUAAUCAACCAGGACAAUCUCAAGGUGGAUCAAGCUGAUAUACUUCCUACAGAAAUGCUGUUCACCAUCAAAGAGUCUCCUCGUUUCGGACAUGUGGUGAAGCUGACCAACAACUCGGACAGCCCAGACUCGCCUGUCCUCGACUACAUUUACUCCUUCACUCAAGAGGACAUUAAUCAGGGACACAUUCUUUAUGUGUCUGCAUCCAUCCAGGGCAGUGACGCCUUCACAGUUGAUGUCAGUAAUGGUUUCACUACAGUGGAGGACCUGCACGUCUCUGUAAACAUCGUGCCGCGGAUCAUCCCCAUCCAGACCUUCAACUUCACAGUGAAGGAAGGCCUCAGCAGGGCGAUCAAUGCAGAGAUUGUUAACAUCUCACAUCCCUUCUACAGCUCAGCAAACAUCGACUUUGUUGUUGAAGAGGCACCACAGCACGGGGACAUCCGUUACCUGGAUGGAGACGAACUUGUUUACUUUACAUGGGAAGAGAUAAAACUCGGACACAUCUACUACAUGCAUGACAGCACUGAGAGCACAGAGGACAGUUUUACACUCUCUGCCUCGGCUUAUGAGAUCGACCGCCGGAGCCUCCCUGUCACCAUCUCAGUGACUGUCAUAGCAGUCAACGAUGAGCCGCCAAAACUGACACGUAACACGGGACUGGAGGUUCUUGCUGGAGAGGAGGCCGAUAUCACCUCCAGCAUGCUGAACACCGAUGACGCAGACACCGCUGCAGAGAAACUGGUGUACAACGUCGAGUUGCCGACCAAUGGGAUGGUGGCGUUGAAAGAGGCGCCCGAGGAGGAGCUCCUGAAUUUCACACAGUCUCACAUAAACAAAGGGGAGGUCAUCUUCAUUCAUGAGGGUGAGGAGUCUGGAGGCUUCAGUUUCACGGUGUCAGACGGAGAACACACGUCUCCUCUCUACCAAUUUGUCGUCACAGCCAGACCUCUCACCAUCACCAUGGUAACGCAGGAGGAGCUCAUGGUGUUUCCAGGAACAAGGCAGUCUAUCACCAGUGCCAAUCUGGGGGCCGUAACGAAUGAGGAUGGAAAUGAGAUAAGCUACUCUCUGACCCGCCCCCCUCGUUUGGGAAGACUCAUCCUGGCCAACGACAGAAACCAAUACGAGGAAAUUACCCGCUUCUCACAAACACAGCUGGAGUCAGGCGCGGUGUACUAUGAGCACCAGAUACCUGAGGAUCCUUUUUGGGUUGUGAGGGACUCCAUAGAUCUGACUCUGUCCUCCCAACCAGCCCCAGACGUCCGUCACAUUUUGCCCAUCACCAUCUCUUACUACGGCGCUCACAGCAACAUCUCCUCACAGCUGUGGAGGAACAAAGGUUUGGAUAUUGUGCAAGGCCAGAGGAAAGCCAUUGACGAUUCAAUUCUUGACGCCUCAAAUCUUCUGGCUAUCCUACCUGAAGAUAAGCGGGGCAAUGUGGAUGUGAUUUUCAAUAUGAAGCAUUUCCCUGACCACGGUCGUAUCACCCUUGGUGGUCAGGACCUGUCCGGUGAUGCCCAGUUCUUUAAGCAGCAAGACCUAGCUCAAGGAAAACUGGAGUAUCUCCAUGAUGACUCUGGUGCUUCCUCUGACAGCUUCUCCUUCAGCGCCAGUCUAAAGUUUAAGCGUGAGUCUGUGGCCUCACCUUCGGAUACGCUGGUCCAAGAGGAGGUAUUUCACAUCGCAAUCAAACGGCGGGGCUCUGACUCCCCAAAACUAGUAACAGUAGACAUGCUCUUGGAGGUUUUCCAAGGCUCCCUAACCGUUUUGUCCCAGAAGCAGUUUAACACUCAAGACGAGGACAGUUCGCCAGAUGAGGUAUACUACAAAGUGACAAAAGCCCCCAGCAACGGUCGAGUGGUUGACCGACUCACAAUGGACCCCAUCUCUGAGUUCACACAGGAGAUGGUCAAUCAUAUGCAGGUGGGCUUCGUCAGCGAUGGCAGCCUUUCCGAUGGUUCUAUGGAAUUCAUCGUUUCGGAUGGAGAACACCAAACAGAGCCACACACGAUCCACAUUGGCGUCCUAGCUCGGACCUUGCUUCUUGACAAAGCCCCUGAGAUCAAGGUGAAGCAAGGCGAUGAUGAGACCCUGGUGACUGAGGAGAUGUUGAAGGUAACUACCGGGGGCCCUGUUGAGGAGGACAUCCUUUACAAGAUCACAAGUGUACCUAAGUAUGCAGCUGUUAUGGUAGACCGGCAGCCUACAUCCGCCUUCACCCAGAAACAGAUCAAGGAAGGCAGAGUCAGUGUCCGCUUUGUAAAGUCCACUUCACCUCGGGACAGUGUUGCAUUUGUAGCCCGUAGCAGGGGUGCCAAUGUCACCUCUGUCCUCAACAUCACGGUGCAGCCUCUGGCCAACAUCGCUCAGGAUCCUCUCUUACCUCAAGGCGCACUUGUUAAACUCGACAGGAAGCUUCUGGAUGCAACUCCUUUGGCAAACAAGACAAGAACCAACCCUACGUUCACUGUCAUCCAGCAGCCUCAGGGGGCUCGCUUUGUGUGGUCUAGAGGUCCUGGUGCAGGUCAGCCAGUGGACACAUUCAGCCAAAAGGAGCUAGAUGAGGGCCGCGUAGCUAUGGAAAUCCUAGAGAAGAGCCCUUCUGGAUCACGAGGUAGUGUCAUUCAGGAUGAGGCCCGCUUCCUGCUCAAAGCCCAUGGGGUUCCUCCGGCAGAAUGUGUGUUUUCCUUCCAGACGGGCCCCUACAAUGCCUCGGGGGUCUACCCUGCCACUCUGUUGAGGCUUCCCUUAGAUGGCCCAUCAAAGGAAAGUAAUGACAUCCCUGGGGUAGCCGGGUCCCCUCGAUCCACUCAAGCUAGCCCCCGCUGGAAUGGUGACAUGGACAGGCCCAAUGGAGAAGCCUCCACCACAACAUCUGCAGGCGUUGACUCCGACAGGAAUCCACAUGUUUCCCGGCGCAGCAGCUUCUGGUCUAUUCUCAUCCCAAUCCUGGUCAUCCUUCUCCUGUUGCUGCUGGCAGCCGUCUUGGCCUACUACUUGAUACGUAAAAACAAGACAGGCAAACACAACGUCCAGACGGCAGCAUCAAAGCCCAAAAACGGAGAGGUGGCUACCGGCACAGAAACCUUUCGCAAAACUGACCCGGCCAAUAACAUCCCAAUGUCAAACAUGGACUCCAAAGACGCAGACCCGGAGUUGUUGCAGGACUGUCGGACAACGAACCCGGCCUUAAAAAAGAACCAGUACUGGGUCUGACACACUUUGAGAUAGGACACAGAGGGAGGUGGAUCCUCGAGUGUUUGGAAGUCUCCUUAAAUCAUUCCUCUCAGUAUUAAAGACCUCUUGCCACACCAGUUUAGAUGAAGAUUAUUUUUUGACACCAUUAGUUAUUUACUUAUCUCAACAUAACUGUGGACAAAUUCUCAGGCAAUGAAACACUGAAUACGUAUUGGCAAAUAAAGAGGCAGUUUCUUAUCCAAGGAGACUCAGGCCAUGUCUAUUUAUUUUAGUUGUAUCAUUCCUCUUUGUCAAAGGGCACACAUUAAGACAUAAACACGCUGUGUGUUUGCAAAAAAGUAUCCUGGGUGUGCUCCAUCAUUGUAAUCCAUAUGAUAUCAUAGGCCAAUAUUAUUCAUUUGAGUUGAUAGGAGAUUGAAAGUCUUUGUGAUGAUUUGAUUUUUUAGUUUACCCGGAAAGUUGAUAAGCCUUGUACAUAGCUGAAGAGGUAAACAUAUGCUGUAUUAUCGAGAAAAUGAAAAACUGCCUCUUUGUGUUUUCUCUUUUACUUUUCACUGUUUUUAAGGUACCAUUUUAUUGUGUUUCUCAGGGCUAAAUUCAACUUAAAGAAAUCGUUUUUUCAAAGCAAUAUCAAAGAAUGAUACCAAUUUCAUAUUUGCUUAUUGAAAUAUGAAGUAGCAUCCAGAAGUUAGCUUAGCUAAGUCAAAUGACCAAGGUGUUUCCAUCCGAAAGUAUAAUUAUCCAUUACCAGCGCUUCUAAAGCUCACUACCCAACAUGCUAUAUCUCUUUUGUAUAAUCUGUGUAAAAAAGUGACUCGCUGAAUGUGGCUAGUUGGGAGAAGCUAGCUGUUGCAUGUCUUUAGGGUUUGCUAUGCUAUGCUAUGCUAUGCUAUGCUAUGCUAUGCUAAUGGUUUCCUGUCCUGUUGCUUCAUUUUGAACGGACAGAUAUGAGAUUGGUGUUUACCUUGUUAUCUAACUCUUAGUAAGAGAGCAAAUAAGCUUAGGCUCUUAAAAUGUCAAACUAUUACAUCACACAAGAACAUUUCAGUAGUUUUACUUUUGUCUGGAAGGAAGAUCAUGUAAUGAAAAGCUUGUUGCAUUCACAUACAUAGGUUUAAUUGAAUUUAGCUCAGAGUAACGUCAUCGUCGUCUAUCACAUGAUAUUAUUGUUGAUGCUUCCAUAGUGCUUGUAAAUAUUCACUGGACUGGCACAGCACUGACAUCGAAACCACACGGUACACAGUUAGCAGACCGCAGGCAGAGGUCAUUCUGGUAGCAUCGGUCUUUAACACAUCCGUAAUGGCUGACAGGCCGGGGUGAGGUCAUCUACUACUGGGAUGUUUCCAGUUUCCUAGUCUGCAAUUAACAAUUUAUUAAUAAAAAGACAGUUAGUGCUGGGAUGGGGAUAAUGAAAGGAAAUACUCUGCUGUUUAGGUUACAUUGGUGAAGCAAAGGAAGACAUUGACAGAGUUUGUUUUUCACAGCUAUUCUUGAUUUUAAGCAUUCCAUAUGUAAGCUAUUGAAAUCCUGAGAUUUGUUUUUUUUUACUUUUUACUCUUACACUUAUUUUGUAUGUUGAAGCUUAAAGGAGCAUUACUGUAAAAAUACUCCUUUUUGUUCCUCAUUCUUUGUUGUCACUCUGACUUGUGACGGUUAUCUUGUUUUUGAAUGUUGAAUGAAGUAGGUGAAUUAGAAAGUGUAGAAGAAGACUACGGUGAAGAAGAAAGUGUUUAAUGAAAUAUCAGAUAACUAUUUUGGAUCCACUAAAGAAAAAGAAAAGACUCAACAUUUAUAUUUUGAAAACUGUUGGACUAUUUGCUGUACAUUUCUUUUUACCAUACUGUAUGUCAAUGACGACUUAUUCUUUGUUAGUCAUUUACUGAAAAUACAAUAAUUCCUUUGCAGUACUCAUCGUGUAUUGAUCUUCUAUUUUUGUAGUGUGUUCAAGCGGAAAAUAUAAGAAGAGAUUUUACAGCACAGAGCUCAGGAAGUGAUGUGUUUCGGGAGACUAUGUAUUUCCAUUGACAUCGCUUACAUCAAAUCUAAAUAAAAGUAUUGGUUUCUCCUACAGGAUACCACAUCCACAGCUUAUCAGUUUUAUGUGUACAUAUUUGUUUUUUAAGUAAGGUUUUUGCGCUUAAUUCAUGUCUUGAAUCAUAUAUUUAGUGGAUAUCAUGUUUGUCGUCGAAGGUACUUGUACAUGUAACUACAUUUAAUUUGAUCAAUCAACUGCUAAAUAUGUCUUUGUUGGUGUUUCUUUUUGUGUUUGUCUUUGCAGGUGCCCAUCACUCUACUCUGUCACUCUUUUGUUUUCUCCUUACAGCUGAGAUCAUGGCAUAUUUUCAUCACCACACCUCAUUCUUUUCAUUAUUUAUUAUUUCUGACCAUCCCCAUACAUCAAGUCAUACUCAAAUGGUGUGCUUUGUCAGAGAUUAAACUGUAAUCUGUAACAACAGGUGCCUUUAAAAGAUAAUAACUCAAAGAAAUGUUUAGAUUUUUGAAAAGAAGUAAUGUCUAUUGCUGCAGAAUGCCUCCGAGCUUCUUCUCGGCACUAAUUGAAAUAAAAACGUUCAUGCAACAAAACCAG